GAGAAUAUUGGAGAGAAUUGUGAUGAAAAAUGAGCCUAUGCCUAUAGCAAUCCAGCAUCUUAUGCCUCGGUAUGACUCUCCUUUCGAGCCAAGGCCAACUAUAAUUGCUUAUCAUCAUGAUGACACUGCUCUCAAACAAGAAAAGUCUUUUGAAUCAAGGCCAACUGCAACUUCUUAUCGUGAUAAUAAAGUCAGUCUUAAAGGAGAAAAGUUUUUUGAAUCAAGGCCGAGUGCAACUGGUUACCAUCAUGAUGAUGUUAGUCUCAAACAAGAAAAAUCAUCCUUUACUAAAGAUUUCGAACCAAGGCCAAUUGCAACUUCUUACCGUGAUGAUGAAGUCAUGAGUCUUAAAGAAAAAAAGUCUUCUGAACCAAGGCCGACUAUAAUUGCUUACUAUGAUGGUGAUGUUGGCCUCGAACAAGAAAAAUCAUCCUUUACUAAAGAUUUCGAACCAAGGUCAACUGCAACUUCUUACCGUGAUGAUGAAGUCAGUGUUAAAGAAGAAAAGUCUUUUGAACCAAGGCCGACUAUAACUGCUUACUAUCAUGGUGAUGUUGGCCUCGAACAAGAAAAAUCAUCCUUUACAAAAGAUUUCGAACCAAUGUCAACUGCAACUUCUUACUGUGAUGAUGAAGUCAGUCUUAAAGAAGAAAAAUCCUUUGAACCAAGUCCGACUAUAACCGCUUACUAUCAUGGUGAUGUUGGCCUCAAAGAAGAAAAAUCAUCUUUUAAUAAAGAUUUUGAACCAAGACCAACUGCAACUUCUUACCGUGACAAUGAAGUCAGUCUUAAAGAAGAAAAGUCUUUUGAACCAAGGCCGACUAUAACUGCUUACUAUCAUGGUGAUGUUGGCAUCGAACAAGAAAAAUCAUCCUUUACUAAAGAUUUUGAACCAAGGUCAACUGCAACUUCUUACCGUGAUGAUGAAGUCAGUCUUAAAGAAGAAAAGUCCUUUGAACCAAGGCCGACUAUAACUGCUUACUAUCAUGGUGAUGUUAGCCUCAAACAAGAAAAAUCAUUUUUUACUAAAGAUUUUGAACCAAGGCCAACUGCAACUUCCUACCGUGACAAUGAAAUCAGUCUUAAAGGAGAAAAGUCUUUUGAACCAAGGCCAAAUGUUAGCAUGUACAAUGAUGAUAUGGCAAAGUCAUUGUGUGUCAUUUAAUUUUCUUGUUAACUCCUUCUGUGAACGCCCUUUCGUUGUUAUGUGGUUUAUGGAAUAAGGAUGGAUAAACAUUUGUACUAUAGUAUUUCUUGAGUUUAAUGUAAUGGUUGUUUCAUUAUGUGCAAAUUGUCUCUAUUCUUA